AUGGGCGACCCGUCCAAAACGACCGAGCAAACAAGUCGGAUCGGUCCAGACAAGCACACAUCGCUAGGGUCUGUCCGACCUCACGGCCACCUUGGUGAUAUCGAGUACUUGAAAUGGGUUCGCCGACACGACUGGGCAUCAACCUCGUGUGGCCCAAUCGAGACAUGGACUGAUGAUCUUCGACAAGCGUAUCAGCUAGCACUUGCAUCACCCGACCCUACCUGUCUGUUGUGGGGCAGUGACUAUACUAUGCUCUACAACAAACCCUACUCGAUCAUGAUCGAGGGCAGACAUCCGAAAGCCCUAGGACGCCCAAUGGUCGAGAACUGGCCAGAGGUCUUCCCGGUCUAUAAAAAGCUCUUUUGGAUUACCAGGCAGACGGGUCAGCCAAUUCAGCACGAAAAUAUCUCGCGAAUUUGGGCGCGCGGUGGGUAUCCAGAACAGAUCUACGCCAAUCUGACCUUCCUGCCGAUCCUCGACAAGAACGAAUCAGUGGCGGGGUUGUGGGUGUACGUUCAUGAGACCACUCGCCAAGUCAUUCUGGAGAAGAGAAUCAUGAACUUGGCAGACAUGAGCAACCGUUUGGCGCAUUCGACAGCUCUAUCGGACAUAUGGACAUCACUGAUGGCUGUACUUGACGAGUGUAAAGAUGACAUCUAUUUCGCAGCUGCAUAUGAGGUAAAGCUCUCAGUUGGCACAUCAGCAUCAGCACGGUUGAACCUUGAGAUCACACAUGGCAUGGCCGACAGGCUAGGAAGCCACCCCGAGCUAGAUGCAGCAAUCCACAGAACCAUGACAACUGGCGUAACCACCCUGUUGUCGAUGACAGAUGGCAGCUUGUCCGAAGCCUUGCGCGCCUACCUCCAAGAACACGGCGUCCGAGGACCCUGUCGAGAGGUUGUCAUCCAGGCAUUGAGAUGCAACCUCGAUGGUGCUGUAGUGGCCGUGCUGAUCACUGGCAUCAACCCCAUGAGAAAGUUCAACGAAGAUCUCCAGUCGUUCAUUCAGCUCUUGGCAAGGCAGCUCGAAAGCUCCAUCACAAACAUCAUGAACAUGGCCAAGGAAAAGGCUCGUCUCGAACAUGAAUUUGCCACCAAGAUGAACAAGAGAUUCUGGCACUUCAGCGAGAAGGCACCGAUAGGAAUUUACACAUACGACCGAGAGGGGAUCAUGACGUAUUACAACAAAGCAUUUGAGGAUCUCACGGGCGUGUCACAAGAAGCCAUAGCACGACCGAUGGGAUGGACAGAUGUGGUUCAUCCCGAUUGUUUGGAUCGCGUUAUUUCUGUUUGGGAGAAGGUUGUCAAUGACGACAGCGACUGCCCACCAAGCUUUGAUGUUCAGUUCAAGAGACCGUGGGCACCUCGUGGGAGGCACGAGUCACUAGACCGAACCUGGUGUUUAGCCACUUCCUACCCCGAGAUAUCAGAGGAAGGAGAGGUGACCGGCGUCAUCGGGUGCGUGGUAGACGUAUCAUCUCUGAAAUGGGCCGAGAGCAUUCAGUCUGAAAGGUUAUCCGAGGCAUUGGAGAUCAGGCGGCAGCAAGAGAACUUUUUCGACGUUACAUCACAUGAACUAAGAAAUCCCCUCAGUGCAAUUAUUCACAGUGCCUGCGAGCUUGUGGAUCAGCUGACCAAACUCAGCACUCGCCCUCUGGUAUCCCUUGAGGCCACCUCUCAAAUAGACUAUCUUAUAGAGAUGGCAACAACCAUCAUCUACUGCGGCAACCAUCAGAAGCGAAUACUUGACGAUGUACUUACGCUGUCUAAGCUGGACUCGAACCUUUUACAAAUCUUCCCCAUCAGCACAAACCCCGCGAAAUUGGUCACCGAGGUGGUCGCAAUAUUCUCCUCGGAACUCCGCACGUCCGAAAUCGACCUCGAGGUCCAUCUGGGAGACGAUUAUCGGCGGUUAGGCGUCGAGACAGUAUUGCUGGAUCCGCACCGCAUCACCCAGGUGAUGGUGAAUCUACUGUCCAACGCAAUCAAAUUCCUCAAGAGCGAGUCGCAGCGGCACAUCCGGCUUAGUGUGGACGCGUCUCUCGUCGGACAGGAGCAAGAUCCUCAUGUGCGCUAUGUCCCCUCAAGGACGGGUUAUUGCGACCCCACCAACAACGCCGAAUGGGGAGCGGGCGAGCCUCUAUAUGUGUCCUUUUCCGUACAGGAUACGGGGCCGGGCAUGACGCAACAGGAAGCUAGCCGACUGUUCAAACAGUUCUCACAGGCGUCGCCCCGCACGCACGCCAAAUAUGGCGGUUCUGGCCUUGGCCUGUUCAUCUCGCGGGAGCUCACAGAGAUGCAUGGGGGCCGAAUCGGGCUCUCGACGGAACAGGGUCACGGCAGCAUUUUCAGUUUCCACGUCAAAACGCGCCGCGACGUUUCCUGCCAAACGAGCGAAAUCCCGAUACUUGACAAGAUGUCGCUCCCUCCCAUCCAACACCUGAAGGUCGCGACCCCACCACUAGAAUCACAUGGGCAGCUCGAGAUCAUCACCAUUCAUGAGCAACUCGAGCAGCUCGCGAAGGCGGACCCGCUGUUGCCGCCCCCAUCUUUGAUUUUGGAGAGGGUUGUCAAGAAAUUGCUCAUCGUCGAGGACAAUCUCAUUAACCAAAGACUCUUGGAAAAACUUUUCAUCAAACAUGGUUACGAGGUGGCCGUGGCGAAUGAUGGGGAAGAAGCAUUAGCUAUAAUCAUGGGCUCUGCGUGGAAUUGUUCCCUUGCUCGACCCGCCCAGCCACGAUUUGAUUUGGUAUUGUCUGACAUCGAGAUGCCCAUCAUGGACGGCAAGACGUGCGUCCGCCGCAUACGACAGCUUCAGCAGGAAGGCAUGCUACAUGCGCACAUCCCGGUCCUCGCCGUGACUGGCAACGCACAAAUGGAGAAAGUCAAGGAGGCACAGGAGUGUGGGUUUGAUGCUGUCGUCACCAAACCUUAUGUUAUCAGUGAACUCCUCAAGGUUGUACACGAACACUCUUCUCACGUUUGGAAUGCAGGGUGA